CUCUACUCCUUUCCUCUUCAUCAUACACAAAGGAGAGAGAGCUUCAAUAUAUUCAACAAUGGCGGUCUCGAGAAGUCUCUUAGCUCUCUCAGCAAGUUUACUUGUUCUUGCAUUCUUUCUCUGUGUAAAUGCAUCGACAAGAGCUCACGAAACAGAGGAGCUUAAGUCUCAGAGCCUGACUAAUUCAUCAACGGCUGAUAAGUUAAGUGACGGUGCAUGGAAUGAACACGCCGUUGAAAACCCAGAAGAAGUAGCUGCAUUGGUCGAUAUGACGAUAAGGAACAGCACGGAGCGGAGGAAGCUAGGAUUCUUCUCAUGCGCCACCGGAAACCCAAUCGACGAUUGCUGGCGAUGUGAUCGGAACUGGCACCUCCGUCGCAAGCGUCUCGCCAACUGCGCCAUCGGUUUCGGCCGCAACGCCGUCGGAGGACGCGACGGUCGUUACUACGUCGUCACAGAUCCAUCGGACAACGACGCGAUUAACCCGAGACCGGGAACGCUCCGUCACGCCGUGAUCCAGGACCGUCCGUUAUGGAUCGUAUUCAAACGCGACAUGGUGAUCACCCUGAAACAGGAGCUGAUCAUGAACAGCUUCAAGACCAUCGACGGAAGAGGCGCGAACGUCGCGAUCGCGGGAGGCGCGUGUAUCACGAUCCAGUAUGUGACGAACAUCAUCAUCCAUGGGAUUAACAUCCAUGAUUGUAGACGGACGGGUAACGCUAUGGUGAGAAGCUCUCCGUCGCAUUACGGGUGGAGGACGAUGGCGGACGGUGACGCGAUUUCGAUAUUCGGGUCGAGUCAUAUUUGGAUUGAUCAUAAUUCUUUGUCUAAUUGUGCUGAUGGGUUGAUUGAUGCGAUUAUGGGAUCUACAGCCAUUACCAUCUCCAAUAACUAUCUCACUCAUCACAACGAGGUUAUGUUGAUGGGACACAGUGAUUCAUACACAAGAGACAAGGUGAUGCAAGUGACAAUAGCAUACAAUCAUUUUGGAGAGGGGCUUAUACAGAGAAUGCCAAGGUGUAGGCACGGUUAUUUCCAUGUUGUAAACAAUGAUUACACACACUGGGUAAUGUAUGCGAUUGGUGGAAGUGCUAACCCAACCAUCAACAGCCAAGGCAAUCGGUUCCUUGCCCCAGCAAACCCUUUUGCCAAAGAGGUGACAAAGAGGGUAGGUUCAUGGCAAGGAGAAUGGAAGCAAUGGAACUGGAGAUCGCAGGGAGACUUAAUGCUCAAUGGUGCUUACUUCACUAGAUCUGGAGCUGCUACUCCUGCAAGCUAUGCCAGAGCCUCUAGCUUGGGAGCUAAACCAUCUUCCGUUGUAAGUAUGCUUACCUACAGUUCUGGUGCCCUCAAAUGCAGGAUUGGUAUGCGGUGUUAGCUAAAUCUAUAACCCUCAAAGCCAAGACCUAAGAAGAUAUCUGAAUAGCUAAGGGAAACAAAGAAGAAAUAUAACUUGUUUUCUUCGCUCCUGUUUUUUACCUUUUCACUGUGUCCUUUUCUCUUCAUUUUACCAUAUUAGUGUCCUUCCUAUCCAUAUCUACUCGUCAACCUGGGCCGGCUUUCAUGAGCCACAGUGUUGUUCGAUUUCCUAUUGUAGUACAGUGCAUUCUUCUUCUUCCUUAUUACUCUUUUGGUGUA